UUGAACGGUGUCUGGUGCAAUGUCAUCACUUCAGUAACUGGCAUUUACUGAGCAAAAAUACACAGGGCUGUCAACAACACAUCCCCAGGCUAACGAAUGUAACUUCGGGUGUUUAGGCAAAAGUAAACGGAGAGGAAAUGUGAAGCCAUCGUUUUAAUAAAGGAGGAAUUUUAUACGCCGACUAAGGACAGCCCAUGAAGUUAACAUACCGAACCUUGCUUUUAUAAGGUCCUGCCGUAGUUCUGGUCAGUCUCCAGUCUCCUCUCUAAAUGGCGAUAGCACGCCAGUUUGGAUUACUCCUGUGGAAGAACUACCUUCAGCAGAAGCGUCAGAUCCUGGUGACUCUCGUGGAGAUCGCCCUGCCCCUGUUCUUCGCGGGCAUCCUCAUUGUACUGCGUCAGCGCGUGCCCUUCAAGGACUACCCCAACGCCACCCUCUACCAGAGCUUCUCUGUGGAUGGCCUGCCCAACCCGCUGGACCAGUUCUACCAUCACUACCAGUUGGCCUACGUGCCGGGCAACGCCAGUGUGGUGCGGCGGGUGGCGGAGGACGUGCAGCGCAGCCUAGGCCCCGCCAUCAGUUCAGUGCGUGGGUUUGAGACGGAGGAGCAGUUUGAGGACUUUGUGAGGAAGGACCCUCUGUCUCGGAAGGUUCUGGCUGCUGUGGUGUUUGAGCACUCCUUUACUCACGAUGACGAGUCUCUGCCCCAACAGGUCAGCUACCACCUGCGGUUCACCUUUAGUCCCCGUAAUGCCCCGGCCAAGGAGAAGUCUGAGCUAAACAUCAACAAUGACUUUGACUGGCACACCCUUAACCUGUUCCCCCUCUUCCAACUUCCCGGUCCCAGGGAGCAGUACGACCUCCAGGGGGGCACGCCCGGUUACUUCCGCGAGGGCUUCCUGGCGGUGCAGCAUGCGGUCAACCGGGCCAUCAUGCGUUCCUAUAACAGCACGGGAGCAGCCUGGCUCCUCUCCCGCACCCGGGUGGUCCUCCGCCGGUUCCCCUUCCCACCGUUCAUCUACGACGUGUUCAUACUGGCCAUCCAGAACCAGCUGCCCCUCCUCCUGGUGCUCAGCCUCACCUACACCUCCCUGAACAUCGUGAGGGCCGUGGUGCAGGAGAAGGAGAGGAAGCUCAAGGAGUACAUGCGGAUGAUGGGCCUCAGUAACUGGCUGCACUGGAUGGCCUGGUUCCUCAUGUUCUUCCUCUUCCUCUCCAUCUCCAUGUUCUUCGUCACGCUGCUCUUCUGCAUCAAGGUCAGCCCUAAUGGAGCUGUGUUGACCUAUAGUGACCCCACCCUGGUAUUAGUCUUCCUGCUCGUCUUCGCCGUGGCAACCAUCAACUUCAGCUUCAUGAUCAGUGCCUUCUUCUCAAGAGCCAACGUGGCGGCGGCGGCGGGAGGCUUCAUCUACUUCCUGUCCUACCUGCCGUACCUGUUCCUGUGGCCUCGCUACGACCUGCUUAGCCACGCCCAGAAGGUGUCCGCCUGCCUCAUCUCCAAUGUGGCCAUGGCCAUGGGAGCGCAGCUACUGGGCAUGUUUGAGGGCAAAGGCACGGGGAUCCAGUGGUGUAACCUGUUUGAGCCGGUGACAGUGGACGAUGACUUCUCCCUGGCCCAGGUGCUGGGGCUGCUGCUGCUGGAUGCCCUGCUCUAUGGUCUGGUGGCCUGGUACGUGGAGGCUGUGUUCCCAGGGGAGUACGGAGUCCCCCUGCCCUGCUACUUCUUCCUACUGCCAUCCUACUGGUGCAGUAGCCCCCGCAUGGCCAUGGAGAAGGAAGAGGAGGACGUGGAGAAGGCACUGAAGGGAGAGUUCAUCGAGGAGGAGCCAGCCGGCCUGGUCUCAGGAGUCAAGAUCAAACACCUGAACAAGGAGUUCAAAGUGGGUAACAAGACGCGGCAGGCUGUCAAGGACCUGACGGUGAACAUGUUCGAGGGCCAGAUCACGGUUCUGCUGGGGCACAAUGGAGCCGGAAAGACCACAACACUGUCCAUGCUGACAGGUCUGUUUCCUCCCAGCAGUGGCAGGGCCUACAUUAACGGCUAUGACAUCUGUCAGGACAUGGCUCUGAUUCGCCACAGCCUGGGCCUGUGUCCGCAGCACGACGUGCUCUUUGACAACCUCACUGUCCGGGAGCACCUGCUUUUCUACGCACAGCUGAAGGGGUAUUCCCAGGAGAAGAUUCCGGCGGAAGUGGACCGGAUCAUCAGGAUCCUGAACCUGGAGGACAAACGGCAUUCCCACUCCAAGACGCUGUCAGGUGGGAUGAAGAGGAAACUAUCCAUCGGCAUCGGCCUCAUCGGAGACUCCAAGGUGGUGAUGCUGGAUGAGCCCACGUCGGGCAUGGACCCGUCGGCGCGACGGGCCACCUGGGACCUGCUCCAGGGCGAGAAACGCGGGCGCACCAUCCUGCUGACUACGCACUUCAUGGACGAGGCCGACCUGCUGGGGGACCGAAUAGCCAUCAUGGCUGGGGGAGAGCUGCAGUGCUGCGGGUCGCCGCUGUUUCUCAAGAACAAAUACGGUGCUGGCUACCACAUGGUGAUCGUGAAGGACACGCUGUGCAACGUGUCUGAGAUCACACGGCUGGUCCACAUGUACGUUCCCAAUGCCACGCUGGAGAGCAGUGCCGGGGCUGAGCUCUCAUACAUACUGCCCAAAGAGAGCACCAACAGGUUUGAGCUGCUGUUUGCAGAGCUGGAGAUGAACAGAGAGGAGCUAGGCAUCGCCAGCUAUGGAGCCUCUGUCACCACCAUGGAGGAGGUCUUCCUCAGAGUGGGGAAGCUGGUGGAUUCUAGCCUGGACAUCCAGGCCAUCCAGCUGCCGGCGCUGCAGUACCAACACGAGAGACGCUCCCACGACUGGACCUUGGACGACGCCAGCAGCUACAGCGCCAUGACCGACGUUACCGACUUCACUGACAGCGGCACGCUCAUCUCCGAGGACUGCUCCAACAUCAAGCUCAACACAGGGGCCAGACUGUACAUGCAGCAGUUCUAUGCCAUGUUCCUGAAGCGGGCGCUCUAUAGCUGGAGGAACUGGAAGGUGAUUGUUGCCCAGUUCCUGGUGCCCCUGGUGUUCACCGUGCUGGCCCUGGUGGUGGCGAAGACCUUCCCCGGGCGCCACGACUCACCGCAGUUGAGGCUGGCACUGGGCCGCUACGGGCCCACCACCGUACCCGUGGCCCUGGAGCCCGGCAAGGGACCUCUGGCAAUCGCCCUGGCACAGGUGUAUUCCUCGCAAUUGGCCGGCCAGAAAGCCCAGGAUGUCAGUAUUAGCGACUUCACUGAGUACGUGCUCACCAAGACCGAGGAGGAGGGCGGGGCAUUCAACGAGCGCUGCGUGGUGGGUGCAUCGUUCUGUGGCGGCACGGGGAAGUUCGCCGAGGUCACGGCCUACUUCAAUAACCAGGGCUACCACACGGCCGCCACGGCCCUGAUGAUGGUGGACAAUACCCUGUUCAAGAUGCUGGCCGGGCCCAACGCCUCGAUUAUGACGGGAAACAUGCCAAUGCCCCGCAACGUCUCCGAGAGCGCUCAGAGUCAGCUGACAGAAGGUCAGACGGGAUUCGCCAUCGCCAUCAACCUGAUGUACGGUAUGGCGUCCCUGUCCAGCACCUUCGCCCUGCUCCUGGUCACCGAGCGCUCAAUCAAAUCCAAGCACGUGCAGCAGGUCAGCGGCGUCUACCUCUCCAACUUCUGGUUCUCUGCACUGCUCUGGGACCUGGUCAACUUCUUCCUGCCCUGCGUGCUCAUGCUGGUGGUGUUCCGGGUGUUUGCGGUCAAGGCCUUCGUAGCGGACAACCACCUGGUUGACGUGUUGUUACUCCUGCUGCUAUACGGCUGGGCCGUCGUCCCCCUCAUGUACCUGCUCAGCUUCCUGUUCUCCACUGCCGCCUCCGCUUACACCCGCCUCACCAUUUUCAACAUCAUCAGCGGCACCGCCACCUUCCUCACCGUCACCAUCAUGACCAUCCCAGAGCUAAAGCUACAGGACCUGUCUCGUAUCCUGGACAAAGUGUUCCUGCUCUUCCCUAACUACUGCCUGGGCAUGUCCUUCAGCCAGUUCUACCAGAACUACCAGUUCAUCACCUUCUGCACCUCCAACCCCAUGGCCACGGGCUUCUGCCGUUUCUUGAACAUCACGUACCAGGAGAACUACUUCUCCAUGUCGGAGCCGGGGGUGGGCCGUUUCCUCGUGGCCCUGUCCCUGCAGGGUGUAGUCUUCAUCACCCUCCUCUUCAUCAUCGAGAUGCAGUGUGUCAAAACCCUCUGCCGCUUCCUCACCCACCUCGCCAGGAGACGUAAACAGCUGCCUCUGAUAGGGGAUGUGGCCCUACUGCCGGAGGACAGGGACGUAGCGGAGGAGAGGAAGAGGGUUCUGGAGUGUCAGCCCAUAGUAGAGUCUAUGGUGGGGAGCCCUCUCAUACUGCAGGACCUCAGCAAGGUCUACAGCAGUGGUGAAACAGUAUUGGCGGUAGACAGACUCUCUCUAGCAGUGGGGAAAGGAGAGUGUUUUGGCCUGCUGGGUUUCAAUGGAGCAGGGAAGACCACCACCUUCAAGAUGCUCACAGGGGACGAGACCGUCACCUCUGGUGAUGCCUACAUUGACGGCUACAGCAUCCUGAGGGAUGUCAAGAAGGUACAGCAGAGGAUUGGCUACUGCCCGCAGUUCGACGCUGUCCUGGAUCACAUGACAGGAAGAGAAACGCUGUGCAUGUACGCUAGGCUCCGGGGGAUACCAGAGAAAUACGUGUCGGGCUGCGUGGAGAACGUGCUACGGUCCUUACUACUAGAUCCCCAUGCUGACAAACUGUGCCGCAGCUACAGUGGGGGCAAUAAGAGGAAGCUGAGUGCGGCUGUGGCUCUGAUUGGUGGACCCCCGGUCAUCUUCCUGGACGAGCCAUCCACCGGCAUGGACCCGGUUGCUAGGCGUCUGCUGUGGGACGCCGUGACGCGCACCCGAGAGUCUGGAAAGGCCAUCAUCAUCACUUCUCACAGUAUGGAGGAAUGCGAGGCCCUGUGCACCAGGCUGGCUGUGAUGGUGAACGGUCAGUUUAAGUGUCUGGGCAGUCCCCAGCACCUGAAGAGUAAGUUUGGCAGCGGCUACACACUGCUGGCUAAAGUACGAGUCGACAAGGAGGUGGAGGACAGCGACCUGCAACUCUUCAAGGACUUCAUCGAGAGCACCUUCCCAGGAAGUCUACUGGCAGAUGAACACCAGGGUAUGGUGCACUACCACUUGACUGACAAGACUCUCACCUGGGCACAGGUGUUUGGCACCCUGGAGGCAGCCAAAGAGAAGUACAACAUCGACGACUAUGCUGUGAGCCAGAUCUCCCUGGAACAGGUGUUCCUCAGCUUCGCCCAGUUCCAGCACUGCAGCAGGAAAUAGAUGGAGCGAGGAGGAAGAAGAGGGGGGGAGCUCCAUCUCUCUGUUUCUCUCUCUUUCUCUCUGUCCAUCCGUCGUGUGCAUCUCUCCACUCUGUGUGGAUGACCUGUGUACAUGGACUCGACUAUGUGACGCGCCACUGAGCUAUGCUCAGCUCUUGAUCUACACACACUUACAUACAUAUACACAGACAGACAGACACUGUGCAGUGAUGGAGCAGAGGUUGAAUCCCUGGACCCCUGGACUUCAACGUGGCCGUGUUCUUGGACCGCCACAGAGACUGGACACGUUGAUCCAAGCCUGGGUCUUAACCAUCAACCACUCCUUUCUCUUCUGUUCAAUCAGUUUGUGUGUGUUGGACAUUUAGGCCAGUCCAGAGGGAAGGUUAGGGAGUUUGGUUUAGGGGGGGGGGGUCUGCUAUAUGACCAAGUAACCAAUCUUAGAUGUUACAUAUUUCUUGUCUUUGACGUUUAAAGACCAUGUUUACCACUGGAUACCACUGGAUAUGAGUGGUCUACUGCGAGUCUACUGUGACUCUGUGGUCUACUGCGAGUCUACUGUGACUCUGUGGUCUACUGAGAGUCUACUGUGACUCUGUGGUCUACUGAGAGUCUACUGUGACUCUGUGGUCUACUGCGAGUCUACUGUGACUCUGUGGUCUACUGAGAGUCUACUGUGACUCUGUGGUCUACUGCGAGUCUACUGUGACUCUGUGGUCUACUGAGAGUCUACUGUGACUCUGUGGUCUACUGCGAGUCUACUGUGACUCUGUGGUCUACUGCGAGGCUACUGUGUGACAGACAGGGUUGUGAAUGUGUGACAGACAGGGUUGCCUCCUUUUGUGCAUGUGUAUGCAGCAUUCUUUGUGUUAUUUAUGAUUUUGGUCUCCUCAUAUGAUUCUUUCUUUGGUCCUAAAGAAUUGUGCCCAGUGGGUAUUGUUUGUCACUGAUAUGAUUGAAAUAUACAAUGAAGCACUUCAAGUGAGGCAAU